UUUUGUGAACAACAAAUUCCAGCACUCCAUCACAAGUCAACAAGUCACGCGUCAACGCAGCGCCGGCCGUUCCGUAGCAGCCAUUAAAGUACCUUACAAAGCUUUAGCUUUCCUUCCUCACAGUUCACAUCACCAUUAACAAGAAGAAAAGAAACCAUGUCUCUCUUCUGCCUUCUAUUCUCUCUUCUCCUCUUCUUGAGCCCUUCACCAUCCUCACAAGAGAACCUCACUUCUUUCUCCUCCUUAAAAUCCCCAUGGCUUCCAACCCAGAACAAGACCUUGCUCUCUCCCAACUCCACCUUUGCCGCCGGUUUUCUGCGGCUGAACGGUGGCUUCACCUUCUCAAUUUGGUAUAACAAUUUGUCAAUAAAGUACACCGUUGUUUGGUCAGCUAAUAGGGAUGGUUCUCCACUUCUACUUUCUAACGAAGCCUCUCUGUUCAUCACUUCCACUGGUGAGCUCCGCCUGACCAAUUCUUCUUCAGGCACAAACUUGUGGCCUGGUGCAGCUACAGGAAAUUCCAAUUUUGCUGCACUUUCCUUGAAUGAAACUGGGAAUCUUGUUUAUGGCAAGUGGGAAAGCUUCAAAAAUCCAACUGAUACGUUCUUGCCUACCCAGAUCAUAAACAUAAAUGGAACUGAACUUGUCUCAAAUAAUGGUAAGUUCCGUUUCUCGAAUUCCAGUUCCCUUGUUUUCAAUGGAUCUGAAAUUUAUUACACGACACCUAGCCCGUUACAACAACUGAGGAAGGAUGGCAGCGUGGCUCAAGCAAACGGAAAUUCAAUAAUUUCUGCUGAUUUUAAUGCUACCGAUGUCCGGUUGCGGAGGUUGACACUUGACGACGAUGGCGUUCUAAGAAUAUACAGUUUCGAUCCAAAUCUGGGUCAAUGGUUUGUUGCUUGGCAGGCAAUUCAAGAACUCUGUAAAGUUCAUGGGGUUUGUGGGCGUAAUGCUAUCUGUAUGAGUGAUGGCUCAAAUACUACCUCCUGCGAGUGCCCACCAGGAUUCACGAAAAGUUCUGCAAAUAAAGAUGAUUGUGAAAGGAAAAUUGCUCUCUCCAAAAACACUAAGUUUCUUCGGCUCGAUUAUGUCAAUUUCACUGGUGGAUUAAAUCAGAGUAACCUGAAUGUCAGAAACGUCUCUACUUGUGAAGCAAGCUGCUUGAACAAGGAGAAUUGUCAAGGUUUUAUGUUCAAGUAUGAUGGCCAAGGGUACUGUGUGCUUCAGCUUGAACGACUUCUAUAUGGGUACUGGUCUCCAGGCACGGAAACCGCCAUGUUCUUGCGUGUGGAUAUUUCCGAACAAGAUCAAUCUAAUUUCACUGGUAUGACUAGUGUGUUGGAGACGACAUGUCCUGUUCGAAUCAGCCUCCCUUUCCCACCUGAAGAAUCGAAUACUACGACAAGAAAUAUUGCAAUAAUCUGUACAUUAUUUGCCGCAGAGCUUAUUUCUGGGAUUCUGUUCUUUUGGGCCUUUUUGAAGAAGUACAUCAAGUACAGAGACAUGGCACGGACUUUAGGCCUGGAAUUCCUGCCCGCUGGGGGGCCUAAAAGGUUCACAUAUGCAGAGCUCAAAGCAGCAACGCAUGAUUUCUCCAAUGCUAAUGCCAUUGGGAGAGGUGGAUUCGGUGAUGUUUACAGAGGAGAGCUGCCUGAUAAGCGAAUUGUUGCCAUUAAGUGCUUGAAACAUGUCACCGGAGGCGACGGUGAGUUCUGGGCAGAGGUUACUAUCAUUGCCAGGAUGCACCAUCUCAAUUUGGUCAGAUUAUGGGGCUUUUGUGCUGAGAAAGGGCAAAGGAUUUUAGUUUAUGAGUAUGUGCCUCAUGGAUCUCUGGAUAAGUACCUUUUUCCUGCUGGUCAGGUUGCAUCUUCAGGAUCCGAGAUGGAGAUGGGUCUUGUAGCUUUCGACGGCCGGAAACCUAUACUUGAUUGGGGAAUCAGAUACCGGAUUGCACUUGGUGUGGCCAGAGCAAUUGCAUACUUACAUGAAGAGUGUUUGGAGUGGGUUUUGCACUGUGAUAUCAAACCCGAAAAUAUACUCUUGGGUGAUGAUUUUUGUCCAAAAAUUUCAGAUUUUGGAUUAGCUAAGUUGAGGAAGAAAGAAGAUAUGGUAAGUAUGUCUCGGAUCCGGGGCACCCGUGGAUACAUGGCACCGGAAUGGGUCAGAAGCGAUCCGAUCACCCCUAAAGCUGAUGUAUAUAGUUUUGGAAUGGUGUUAUUAGAAAUUGUAACUGGGUCUAGGAAUUUUGAGACGCAAGGUUCUUUGAUAGAGAGUGAGGAUUGGUACUUUCCAAGGUGGGCAUUUGAUAAGGUGUUUAAGGAAAUGAAGGUAGAAGACAUUUUGGAUCGUAAAGUUAAGCAUUGUUACGAUGCAAGGCAGCAUUUUGAUAUGGUGGAUAGGAUGGUGAAGACGGCAAUGUGGUGCCUCCAAGACAGGCCAGAGGCGAGGCCGUCGAUGGGGAAGGUUGCUAAGAUGUUGGAAGGGACUGUGGAGAUCACUGAACCAAAGAAGCCUACCAUCUUCUACUUGGGAGACGAAUAAAUGACUUGUCUAUGCUACAAGUUUCUGAAUAGUUGAAUAUAUUGUGGCAAUUCUAAGGAUGAGUGAAAGGUUAGCAGGCUUUUCAGUAUUGUUUUCUUUCCUUACUACUUGUACUUUUUACUGUUUUUGGGCUUGUUUAGUGUAAGGCUUUCCUUGCAGUAAUUGUAAUUCCAGUUAGCAGAUGUAAAAUUACUAAGAUCUUCUCUUA